CGCGCGCAGAGGAUCCCCUCUCCCUUACGUCGUAUCGACCUCCCACCUUGUCAUUUCUAGAGAGAGAGAGAGAGACACAGAGAGAUUCGACUUCGAGCUUCGCACCUCGCGACGACGACGACGACGCCAUGGGGCAGAUUUUCGACAAGCUCCAAGGCAAGGAAUGGAGGGAAAAGCAAAUCAGGAAGAUUACCGAUAAGGUUUUCGAUCGCGUGACAAACAAUCUUGAAAGAGCUAACCUGAAUUUUGAAGAUCUAUAUAUUGCUGUUCUGCUUGUGUUCAAUGAUAUAAAUAAGCAUCUGCCUGGUCCUCAUUUUGAUCCACCCUCAAAAGACCAAGUUCGAAUGAUGAUAGAGGAAGCCGAUGUCAACCUGGAUGGAGAAAUUGAUCAUGAAGAAUUUGUGAGGUUCAUCCAGCGGCUAACAUCUGACACAUUUAUAGUCGUCAGUCAGGGAUUGAUUCUUACAUUGGUUGUGGCACCGACUGUUGCAAUGGCAACAAAGAAAACUACUGAGGGUGUUCCAGUAAUUGGUAAAUUGGUGCAAAAGUUACCAAAUUCAGUUUAUGCAUCGCUUGUGACCAUGGCAGUUAUGCUGUUCCAGAAGUCAAUCCAGGAGGUUUAAUAUUUGCAAUAGUUUAAUACGUUGGUAUUGGAUAUCUACAUCUACAAUAUACUGCAUGAUAUUGUAGUUAUGUACAUGUCACUUGUGAAACAAAUGUUAUACUUAACAGCUAAAAUUAUUGUAUAUAUAUAUUGCCUUGAUUGAUUAUCUUUGAAAAUAUUCGAAUGGUUGAA